GACAUUAGUUACCGCCCCUUUUCGAUAAUAGUUGUUUGUUGAAAAUGGUAGCUAACAAACUCGCUUCACCAGAUAUUAGCUAGCUAUUUCUUCAAGUUAACAUACAGUAUUUAUUUUGGAGUGAUUUUUUUUCUGGAUGGGGUUUCAGCGGUUCUAGCUGCCACAAUCGACAGAUCCAUGUCUUUUCUGCGUUGGGUCUCAGAGAAAUUGAGUGUGGAGAACCUGAGGGAUUUUGAGUUUUUUGGAGAGCAAGCUCAGGGAAACUCUCACAGGAAAGCCCAUGAAGACAGCCACGAGAGCCUGACCUCAGUCCCACGGCGGGACACCAUGGGAAGCUUCCUCCCCGACAGCAGCGCCUAUGAGCUCCUGACCAUCAUCGGUCGAGGCCUGGAGGACUUGAUGACCGUCAACCUUGCCAGAUACAGACCCACAGGGGAACACGUAGCAAUCCGUCGGAUUGACCUGGAGUCCUGCACCAAUGAAAUGGUCAACUACCUGCAGGCUGAGCUCCAUGUAUCUAAGCUGUUCCACCACUCCAGCAUCCUGCCCUACAGGAGCAUCUUCAUAGCAGAGAACGAGCUGUGGGUCAUCUCUCCCUUCAUGGCCUAUGGGUCAGCCAGAGACCUGAUCAGCAGCCACUUCACUGAUGGGAUGAAUGAGCUGGCCAUCGCCUACAUCCUACUGGGCAUGCUCAAAGCCCUGGACUACAUUCACCACAUGGGCUAUGUACACCGGAGCGUGAAGGCCAGCCACGUGUUGAUCUCGGUAGACGGUCAGGUGUGUAUGUCUGGUCUGAGGAGCAUCAUCAGUCUGAUCCGUCACGGCCAGCGGGCCAGAGUGGUCCAUGACUUCCCCCAGUACAGCAUCAAGGUGCUUCCCUGGCUCAGCCCAGAGGUGCUGCAGCAGGUAACUCCAUACCACACCUGGCUAACAUACAAUACCUUGCUUUUAAACUAUAAUACCUUAAUUUGUUUAUCGGUCAACCCUGGUAUGUGUCAGAAUCUGCAGGGAUACGACUUCCGGUCAGACAUCUACAGUCUUGGCAUCACAGCCUGUGAGCUAGCCAAUGGACAUGUGCCCUUCAAAGACAUGCCAGCCACACAGAUGUUGCUGGAGAAGCUUAACGGGACAGUCCCCUGUCUGUUGGACACCACCACCAUCCCCCCAGAGGAGCUGACCAUGAAGCCCUCCCGUUCUGGAGCUGACUCUGGGAUCUGUGAGGGCCCCAGCACCAGAGGGGCCCACCACUCUAACGGAGAGCCCUCCUCGGGGAGCCACCCCUACAGUCGUACCUUCUCUCCCCACUUCCAUGCUUUUGUGGAGCUGUGUCUACAGAGGGACCCAGAGAAGAGACCCUCAGCCAGUGCUCUCAUUGGUCAUUCCUUCUUCAAACAGAUCAAGCGUCGGCCAUCGGAGGCUCUGCCUGAGCUGUUCCGGCCCGUAACGCCCAUCACAGGCUUUGAGAGUACCCAGCCUCAGGACGCUGCCUCUGUACUGGCCAGCCUGGAGUCUGGCCUCAGCCACAUGGAUGUGGAUGACUGGGACUUCUGACCACAGAGGAACAGGAAAGAGGUGUGUGUUGUAACCAGGAGAUGCCCUGAGAAGACUUCAGACUGGAUUUACGCUUUGUUCUUAUUAAAUGGUCCAUGUAAAUAAUUCAAAGCAGUUUCUCCUCCCUUUGACUGGGUUUAAAAGCCAGCUGCCACCUCACCUCCUUGCUAUCCUCACCUCCUUGCUAUCACUCUAGUCUAAAAGAUGCAUGAGCAGACAGACCCUUGCACUGACUGACACCCAAUUCCUCUCACGCACACAUCUCUCCAAAUUCGACUAAAGCUCCAGACGGGGGAGUAUGUCCAGUCCACUCUUUCACUUGUCAAUGGAGAUGUUCCAUUAAAGGUAGGGUCAAGUACAGCUCAGGAGUCUCCCUGCUCUAUCUAGAGCCAUCUGUUGACAUUAAAGACCAGGAACUGACCGCAUUACCAAGGGUUGAUCCAAUCAGCCAUCUAGCCAGCACAACAGAUGGAAGAUUCCAGAGGUUUGUCCAAGGCUAUCACGAACCAGACAGUGUUUGCAUUUCCUCACAGCUGUUCAUACAGAGCCAUCAGUUUUACUGGAGGGAAGAAAAAAAAUCUGUUUCUACCUGAACCUCAACUUGCUUUGCUAUCUUCAGUUAACACUAGACUGUGCCAACUGAGGUCCAUGUAUUUGAUUAACCUUCUUGUUAUUGGCCAUUUUUGUCCUGCAAAAAAUGUGAAUGUUGCAACAAAAAAGUGAAUGUUACAAUGAUGCUUGUUUCAGAUAGUUUGUCUGGGUUUCAAGAAGGGAAAGUGUUGGGAGUGUCAACUAUUUUACUUGAUAAUAAAUACCUUUCACCUCA